GUCUAACCCUAUUCUAAAACCCUGGUUUCUAUUCCGCCACUCUAACGCCACUCUUUCCCUUUCUUCCUCGCAAAAUCGCCGGCGCUGCUUCAUUUGCUCUAUCAAGCCCUCAAUCUGUUCUUGUUAACAUGGGGAAAUCCGAUAACAAGAACGCACAGCAGCAGCGGCAGAACGCCGCUGCAGCUGAAGACGAAAUGGAUCCAACGCAAUACUUUGAGAACAGGUUGAAAGCACUGACGGCUCAGAAGGAAGCCGGGGCGAACCCGUACCCUCACAAAUUCCAGGUCACCAUCUCUAUUCCGGAGUACGUUGAGAAAUAUCAGGGAUUGGAAAGCGGGGAGCACCGUGAAGACCAAGUCUCUAUAGCUGGUCGAAUUAUGAUCAAACGUGCCUCUUCGUCCAAGCUGCUUUUCUAUGAUUUACACGCUGAGGGUGCCAAAGUUCAAGUUAUGGCCAAUGCAAGGGAAUCUGAGUUGGGUGAGGAGGGGUUUAUUAAACUUCACUCUGCUGUGAAGCGUGGAGAUAUUGUUGGUGUUGUUGGAUCUCCAGGAAAGACAAAAAGGGGAGAGCUCAGUAUUUUUCCAAAAUCAUUUGUAGUGUUAUCUCAUUGUCUCCAUAUGAUGCCUCGACAAAAGGGUGCCCAAACUGAAACAACCAAGAAAACUGAUGUGUGGGUCCCUGGAAGUGGUAGAAAUCCAGAUAGUUACAUAUUGAGAGAUCAGGAAACACGCUACAGACAACGCUAUUUGGAUUUGAUGCUGAACAUGGAGGUCCGGCAUAUCUUUAAGACCAGGGCAAAGAUUAUUACUUACAUAAGAAGUUUCCUUGAUAAUAUUGGUUUCUUGGAGGUUGAAACUCCCAUGAUGAACAUGAUUGCUGGAGGAGCAGCUGCACGCCCAUUUGUUACUCAUCAUAAUGAAUUAAAUAUGAGGCUUUUCAUGCGCAUUGCUCCUGAACUUUAUCUCAAGGAGCUAGUUGUUGGUGGGCUGGAUCGUGUCUAUGAAAUUGGGAAGCAGUUUAGGAAUGAGGGAAUUGACUUGACCCACAAUCCUGAAUUCACUACUUGUGAAUUUUAUAUGGCUUAUGCAGAUUACAAUGACUUGAUGGAUCUUACUGAGAAAAUGCUUAGUGGGAUGGUCAAGGAUCUUACUGGUGGCUAUGUAAUUAAGUAUCAUGCAAAUGGUGUAGACAAAGACCCAAUUGAGAUUGACUUCACACCUCCUUUUAGAAGGAUUGACAUGAUAGAAGAGUUGGAGAAGGUAGCAAAUCUCAGUAUACCCAAGGAUCUUGCAAGUGAUGAAGCUAACAAAUAUCUGGCAGAUGCAUGUGCAAAGUUUGAGAUAAGAUGUGCUCCCCCUCAUACUACAACAAGAUUACUUGACAAACUUGUUGGACACUUUCUUGAAGAGACAUGUGUAAAUCCGUCUUUUAUCAUCAACCAUCCAGAGAUCAUGAGUCCACUUGCGAAAUGGCAUCGGUCAAAGCCUGGAUUGACUGAACGCUUUGAGCUGUUUAUCAACAAACAUGAACUUUGCAAUGCAUACACUGAGUUGAAUGAUCCUGUUGUUCAACGGCAGCGUUUUGCUGAUCAGCUCAAGGAUCGUCAAUCUGGUGAUGAUGAAGCAAUGGCUUUGGAUGAAAAUUUCUGCACAGCUCUUGAAUAUGGAUUGCCUCCAACAGGUGGAUGGGGAUUGGGUAUUGAUCGAUUGGCUAUGCUGUUGACUGAUUCACAAAAUAUCAAGGAAGUUCUACUCUUCCCUGCUAUGAAGCCACAGGAAGAAGCUUCUGCGAAAGAAAGCCAAAACAAGCCAGGUGAACCCGCCAAGGCUAAGGAUGAUGCACAAACCAAACCAAAGGAUGGCGGUGCAACUCAAGCAGCAGCGUGAUACCUGGUGUUGAGCUGAAUGUCAUUUUGCUUUUCUGAAUGCUCAACUGAAAUGGAAGAAUUUGAGUCACAUAUGGGGAUGAUUAUUACAAAUUUUUUUGGUGUAGUUUACUCUGUAUUUUUUAGAAUCUAUUUUUAAUGACUAUUGUUCUAUGCACCAUCAAAGCUUAUAUGUUAUCAGCACUUAUCUGAGUAAUAUUAUGAAAUUUCAUAUCACUAGCCAUUUCUAUUGUAUAUCACCGGCUUAGUACUCCAUUUGGUAUCUUAACCAAUCACAUUUUAUUUAUUUUUA